UUUUUCUUAGAAAAGAGAAAAGACUUGUAGCGGUGGAUGUUUGUGCCUCUUCUCUUCCCGGCGCCGCAACUAUCUGCUGCCAUCCACGAGGUGUCACGAUUCGCCGCUCCGCCGCCUGGAACGCCACUUCAAACCGAUCUCAGAGAAUCGCCUCUCAGUUAAGGCUCGCUUUCUGGGCAUUGCAUCGCUGGAUGUGGCUGGAACCGUCUCGAAAUGAUUGUAGAUGUUCGUGCCCUUGAUGGUGGAGGGUGGUUUUGCCGGAAAUGGUUGGGGAAGUUCUUGUCAGAGUCCAAGGUGUAGGAAGUUGGAGAGGACGGCAUAGGAGGCUUGUCAAUCGGAAGGAUUGGCAGAAAAAGGGUUGGAAAAGGACAGUUCAAGCAGACCUUUGAAUCAAGCAUUUUAGUAGAUACUGAAAAUGGAAAAGGAUUCAAGUUUCUCACGAGGAAGUGAAAUGUCUCUACUGGAGCAAUUUGAAGGUAUACUGGAAGGAGAUAAACUCAUUGAUGAAAUAGGUUUCUUGGGCCCAUCUCAGUUUGCUUCACUAGAUCAGGAUUUAAGUGGUUCUUCUCUUGACCAGUGCACUCCUAUUCAGUUGGCUGAUGUUAGUCUAGAGACUAAUAUAGCAGAGUUGAAUACAGUUCAAUAUGACAAGAAUUUUUUCUGGAACAGAAAUAAUAAAUUGGCAAUCUCCACUGAUGUGCUAUCUCAUUUGUACAUUGCUGCUCGGCAUGCAUAUAUGUACGCAUCUAGAAGAUAUAAAGCAUCUAUCAACUUAACACUGAACAAAGGUGCCUUUUGCAGUGCAUCUGCUCAGGCAAACUUUGAUCACCUUCUUGAAGAUGAAAUUCUAAAACACACGAAGGCCUUACUGAUUUUAAGCUGCAACUUCAGCAGUGCUUGGAAUGACAGAAAGCUAGUUCUUUCAAGAAAACAUGAGAUGGCAUUGUUUCUUGAGGAGCUUCGAUUCUCUUCACUUAUCCUUUCAGGUGCUCCAAAAGUUGAAUCUGCCUGGAGUCAGAGGAGAUGGGUGAUUAAGAUAGUAGGAGAUUACCUCCAGGAUUCACCUGGAAUUAUCAGAGAGGAAUCUGACCUAGUAGAGAAAAUAGCAGAGAAAUCCAAAAUGAACUAUCGAGCAUGGGGCCACCGUUGCUGGCUUAUAUCUUGCAUGAAUAAUGAUCAGGUGUUUCAUGAAUUGGCCAAAUCAAAAAAAUGGACAGAGUUGCAUGUUGCUGAUAAUUGCUGCUUCCACUACCGCAGAGAAUUGAUGCUCAACUUACUAAAGGAAUACCAUGAGGCUUCCACCGGUUGCAAUUUUGAUGUUUGCUUAUUAUUUAAGGAGGAGCUUAAAUGGACAGAGUUGCUAAUUGGACGCUACAUUGGAAGAGAGGCCUUAUGGAUUCAUCGUCGGUUCCUCACUCAGUGUUGGAUAAAGCACUUCACCACUAACCAAGGGGCAGCAGCAGUCACAGAAUCUGAAGAUCUCAUUAGCUCCACAACACAGACUUUUAUCGCAAAAGAGCUGAAGUUUGCGCGAUCCUUCUUAAACAUCACUGAUGGAUUUUACGACGCCCACGAUCAAGCACAGUAUGCAGCUUCUUAUAUCCUUUGGACACUGAAGUUUGCCUUGUCUCAAGAGUCUAUGCGUGAAGAGAUCCUCAGUGAACUCAGAGACUUGAAACCCUUGUUGCUGAAGACCUGCGCUGUAAAUUCUUUAGGCUGGGAGACGAUGCUUUGACCACAUUGGAUGUGACUUCUGUUGUGUUUGCUUGGGAUAUUUUAUAUAGAUUUUCAGUAAGCUUUUCCAAUUUUUUAGACUUUUGAUUUUGAUGGAUCCCACUUAUUUAAAGGUGGAGUUUAUCCAAAUCAAGGGUCCUCAUACAAUGGAUUAUCUCUUGAUCCACAAUUUGCGGACAAAAAGGAUCCCUACUGAAUUUACCUUCCCAGGAACUUGGAAUACGCUAUGAAUGCUAUUAUGGCUCACGAAUUUAGUUUCU